GAAAGCGCUGCGUCCUUCGCUGCCUCAUCAGAUGGCUUCGCUCUGCUUUGUCCGUCGGUCUGCUCCGCGUCACUCGGUCCUGGAUGGAUCUCUGGACCACCUGCAGCCUUCGCUCUGGACGGACUUUGCCUGCUGAUUCUCUGCGUGAAACUUCAGAGGAUGUUUUCCUGUUUGUCUGACCUGCUGUGAACAGUGUGUGUGUGUGUGUGUGAGAGAGUGUGUGAGAGUGUUUUCCACGCCGGUGGAAAUGCUGGGGUGUCCAGCGAGGUUAUUUUUGGAUCAGUGACAGCGUGUCAAUGGCUGCAGAUGAGUCGCAAAGGAAGGCUCUGAGAUACCAACAGACCCUGCUCUACGGCGAGUACAGGGAGCAGCUGGGAAACUUCGCCCGGCGGGAGGCCGCCCGUCUGCUGACCGAGAGACAAUGGCGGCGACAGGCGGGAGACAACAGCUCGGCGUCGGGCCGGAAAGGCCGACGGCAUCACCUGCAUCAUCACCCGGCGACCCUGGAUUCGCAUCACAGCCACGCCUCCUCCACCAAGAAGCCCCGCCCCUACUCCAAAUGCCAAGAUUGCUUGGCUCGUGUGCGGCGCUACAUCGUCACGAAGAUGGGCGAGGACUGGAUCUUCCUGGUUCUCCUGGGGCUGACGAUGGCGCUGGUCAGCUGGACGAUGGACUACGCCAGCGCCAAGAGCCUGCAGGCCUAUAAAUGGAUCCACGGCGAGCUGAAGGGUAACGUGCCGCUGCAGUACCUGGCCUGGGUCACGUAUCCCAUGAUCCUCAUCAUGUUUGCCUCCCUCUUCUGUCACCUGGUGUCCCCUCAGGCCAUCGGCGUGUUGUUCAGCAUCGAGGUCACGUCCACCUACUUUGCGGUGAGGAAUUACUGGCGAGGGUACUUUGCCGCCACGUUCAGCGCCUUCAUAUUCAGGGUUCUGUCUGUUUGGAACAAGGAUGCUGUCACAAUCACAGCUCUGUUCAAAACCAACUUCCGGAUGGAUUUUCCCUUCGACCUGCAGGAGCUGCCCGCCUUCGCAAUCAUAGGGAUCUCCUGUGGCUUUCUGGGAGCGUUCUUCGUCUACCUGAACAGACAGGUGGUCCUGUUCAUGAGGAGGCCGACGGCUCUCACUCGCUUCCUCACCAAACACCGUCUCAUCUAUCCGGGUGCAGUGACCCUCAUCAUCGCCACCUUCACCUUCCCUCCUGGAUUCGGCCAGUUCAUGGCUGGAGAGCUGAUGCCCAGAGAGUGCAUCAACUCUCUGUUUGAUAACUUCACCUGGACCAAAAUCUCAGAUACUCCCGCUCCUCCGGGCCUCGGUCGCUCCUCCGUCUGGCUGCACCCCCGGGUCAGCGUCUUCAUCAUCCUGCUGCUCUUCUUUGUCAUGAAGUUCUGGAUGUCGGCGGUCUCCACCACGAUGCCCAUCCCCUCUGGCGCCUUCAUGCCGGUGUUCAUCUUGGGUGCUGCCUUUGGUCGCCUCGUGGGAGAAAUCAUGGCCACGCUGUUCCCCAACGGGAUCCUGUUCGACGGGAUCGUGUACCGCAUCCUGCCCGGAGGCUACGCUGUGAUUGGAGCGGCGGCCAUGACGGGAGCCGUCACCCACACCGUGUCCACGGCGGUGAUCUGCUUCGAGCUCACCGGCCAGAUCUCUCACAUCCUGCCCAUGAUGGUGGCCGUGAUCCUGGCCAACAUGGUGGCCCAGGGCCUGCAGCCGUCGCUCUACGACUCCAUCAUCCAGGUGAAGAAGCUGCCCUACCUGCCUGAGCUGGCCCUCGGGCACAUCAGCAAGUACAACAUCUUCGUGGAGGACAUCAUGGUGCGCAAAGUGAAGUUCUUGUCUUCUCAGUCCACCUACCGGGAACUGAACCACCUGCUGGAGAACACGACGCUGAAAACCAUCCCGCUGGUCGACUCCAAAGAGUCCAUGAUCCUGCUGGGCUCCAUCGAGCGCACCGAGCUCCAGGCCGUCUUCGACUGGUGGCUCUCGGCCGAGAGGCGAGUGUUCGAGAGGGGUCAGAGUUCACCGACCUCCAAGGUCAGCUGGGAGUCCUUCAGCUUCGUGGACGAGGAGGGAGGAGACGAGAGCGGCACCAAGGAGACCACGCCCCCGCCGCUGACCGACACCAUGUCUCCAGAGGAGAUCAAAGCCUGGGAGGAGGCCGAGCUGGACAAACCCGUCGAUAUGGAGCAGAUACGUAUCGACCCGUCGCCGUUCCAGCUGGUGGAGAGAACGUCGCUGCACAAGACCCACACUCUGUUCUCCCUGCUGGGCCUCAGUCACGCCUACGUCACCAGCAUCGGGAAGCUGGUGGGAGUCGUGGCUCUGAAAGAGCUCCAGAAGGCCAUCGAAGGCUCCACUCGCAGCGGCGUGAGGCUCCGUCCUCCCCUCGCCAGCUUCAGAGACGCCAGCAGGAAGGCCAAGAAGCACCAGCCUCCCUCCUCCACGCCCUCCUCCCCCACCAGGGACAGAGACCUGUGGGGGGAGGGUGAGCUGGUGAGGAAGGAGUCCAAGGAGGAGUCGAGGGGGAGGACCUCCAGAGGAGCUCCAGGGCCGGACGCCGCUCCGUCCUCCCCCAGCAGCGCUGCCGCCGACGGGGCCGAAGGCAGCACCCAGGAGGCGGCCUCCCCCUCCACGUCCUCCCCUACCUCACCCCCCGCCUCCCCCAGCAGCCCCGUGCUCACCCUGUCCUCCCUGCAGGAGGAGAGGGAGAGCGAGGAGUCCGACGAGCCCAUAUAGGAGGACUUGAACCUACAGACUCUCAGACGCUCGGCGGACUCUUAGGACGCUUUUUUCUACUCGACAGUCUCACUUUUUCACUCUUUGAAUCUCAGGUGUCUCCUGUGUCUUCUGACCUGCAUCGCUGAUGUUGGUCCACAUCUGGAAGCUGCCGGUCCCGGUCCGGACUGGCAGCCGUUCACCCUCUCAGCACCCCGGAGCAGCUCGUAGCAGCAGAUUAUAUGUUAACGAAUAUCGAUGAAUGAAUCUGACCGAGAGGUCGCAGAGAUCACGCUUUGAAAGUUUACUGAUUGACGUUAAUCUCAAAUGACAUUUAUCAUAUGUUUCCUGUAUGGUAAAGAUUUAAAUCAUUAUUACCAGUUUGUAAUUUUUAAAAAUAAUAAAUGAUAAAAUUAUCGUCUAA